AUGGGAACCGUGCCAGCGUACUUUGACGAGGCCCUCGACUCAGCCCUGGGAAUCGUGCACCGGCCCUGGUUUGAGGCGCAACUCAGGAGCUACCUCGACGGUAGCAUCAACGACAGUGAUCCGGCGUGGUAUGCACUGCGAAAUGCCAUCUACGCCUCAGGAUCUCGCGUCGAGCUGUCCAAGACCAAGACCUUUUUGGAGGCCAACCAGACGGCCUGGGGAUGGUUUGAGAAUGCGCUGGCCGCCCAUACCGAAAUCCUAUACUUUCGAACGUCCAUCCUGGGCGUCCAAGCAUUGACCGUGAUGGCCUACUACUCACACAACAUUGGCAGUCCGUGUCUCGAGUACAUGCUUUGCACCAACGCCUUGCGACUGGCCGUGGCCAAGGGCCUUCAUCGACAACCCGUGUCGUCGUGGAACUCGUCCGAGCACGAAAACAACCUCCGCAGCUGUCUAUUCUGGGCCGCCUACUGUCUGGAGAAGCAGAUUGUUUCGCAAUCGGGGCGCCAUUCGCUUAUCGACGACGACGACGUUAAUUGCCAAGUUCCCACCCAAGUCCCUGCCGGCAGCACCGUCAACCUGCAAUACUUCACCAUCUUGAUCCGGCUGGCUCGCUUGUCGUCGGUGGUGUCCAAACGACUCUCGACCGUGCGAGCCUUCCAGCAAGGCGCCGAGCUGUUGGUGCGAUCGGUGGCGGAGCUAGACGAGCAACUCAACGCCUUGAGGCGAUCGGUCGACCCUAUUCUCUUUCUCGAAUCUCCCAUCAACCUCAAGCGAAUGCCGGCCGGCAUGACCCUGCAACAGGCCAUGUAUCUCCGCUACGGAUUUUUCAACGUCGCCCUCGACAUCCAUACCGCCCUGACGUACCCGUGGUGUCGGAGCAUGGUUGGUCUGACGCCUCAUGCGGCCCUGCGCAAUCAGGUGGAAAAAUCAACGCAGACGGUAGCCGAGACCUGCCGCAGCGCCAUCCUGGCAACUGAACACAUCCACUUUGACGCCAACACUCCUGUCCCAAUGAGCUUUUUCGGCCCCAUGUACGCCCUCAUCAACCUGUUCAUCUAUAUUCUACAGACCCCGCAACAGUCCCGCAUCCAGUCUGACCUGGCUUUGAUGGACGUGGCCGCCGGCCACUUUGCCCGAAUGCAAAUCGCCACCGACUCGGAAGUCACCUUCACCUUUGCCAAAGAGGUGGCCGCACUAGCCCACGAGGCCGUCGCCCGGGGGUCGAGUUCGCGGCGGUAUUCCGGAAACGAGAGUCUCGGGAUGGACUCGGACCCGUCGCGACUCAGGCCAGACAUGUCGGAUUGUAUGACUGACCGGACUGGGAAUGUGCUGGAGGAUGAUCUGCAGUGUGAUGAUCCUACCGCGAGCUACGUCAACCCGUUUUUCGAUCUCGAACUCGAGAACUGGAGUACUUUUCUGCCGGCCGGCUUUGACGACAAAGUCAUGGAUUUUUCGGUCGGUUGA